UUUCCUGCUCAUGGCUGGCGCGCAGUGGAGUGGACUUUCAUUUGCCGUUGAUGGCAAUUGAUAUGCCGUUUCUUUGCCGUUUUUCCGGUGGGGAUACUUCAAAGCCUGGUACUAGACCAUGACGGACGCCACAAACACUUCGUGUCUCCCAAACGCCGAACGCCUCACCCCCGCGUCAGCGGCGAGCGCGCCCGCAUGGCUUCCGCCGGCGGCUUCCUUCGUGCGCAGCCCGCACGCGGAGGUCGUUCGGCGGAGGGCCACCGCGUCGCACGAUAUGGACGCGAAGUGGCUCGAUGCACCUGCGCGCGAUGGGGGAUGCGCGGAGGGGGAAGGCACAAACGCUGCGGGGGACAAUGGCGGUUCCCGCCGCAGCAGCAGUAGCGGCAGCGGCGGUGCUGCUGGCGGUGCAGGCGGGUUUUUCCGCCUCUUGCGCAGAGGGGGAAACACCCCUCGCGAACCAGGCAGUUCCGCCACGAGCGGUUCGCCCGCGCGCGCGUCCGCCGACCUCUUCCGCUUCCGCCGCUCGCGGGGCGAAGGGCGGUCGACACCAUCGCAUGAUAAAAUUCCCGCCGAGAAAUGUGCCGCCCGUGAUGGCGCCAGAUCCGCAUCAGCUGCAGGAGCAGGGGAAGAAGGAGGAGGCGGGGGAGGGGGAGGGGGGAAAGUAGCAGGCGCAGCGGCAGCGGCAGCGGCAGCGGCAGCGGCAGCGGCAGUGGCAGCGGCAGCGGGCGGCGGCGCCUUCUCCCCCACCGCGGGGGAAGUAGCUGCGGCUGCUGCGCCGCUCGUCGCGGCAAGCGGCAGUGUUGAGGCCGCAGCGUCCGCGUCGCAAGCACUUAAGGCGCCGCAGGUGCCGGCGGGAUCGCCGUCUGUUGCUGAGGGAGGAUCAGCGCCGGUUGACGGGCUACCAACGGCAGGGGGACACGUGGAUGAUGACGUGUCCAGCUUUACGGGCUUCCACGUGGCGGCUGUUCCCUCCUCUCCUACGAGUAAAGGACCUGUCCUCAAGGAGACACUCUCCGCGGAAGUCGUUUCGCCUUCUUCCGCUGCUUCUGCCGCGGCGCAACUGCCCGCCCCCCGACCUCGAAUGGCGCGUUCCGCCUCCAUCAAUGCUUCCGCCCCUCGUCUCCCUCCCCCCAGAAGCGGUCAUUCGGGGCAGCUCCUUCCGCCGUCGCGCAGUCGCGCCGCCCGCAGAGCUUCCGCCGAUGGUCGCGGGACUCCCCCUCGGUCCGCCGCUUCCCCGCGCUCUGCUUACCCCUCCGCCGCAGCUAGUGCUGCCUCUGGUGGUACCAUUUCCGAAAGGCGCGAUAUCUUCGCCAGUGGCGAUAAUAUUUCUAACAUUGACGUUAACCGUAACGGUAACAGUAACAUUGACGAUGACGAUGACGAUGACGAUGACGAUGACGAUGACGAUGACGGAGUGGUGAUGGCGCGGCCCGUGCAGCGGAAAGGCGCAAGACGGGGAGGCUCCGCGGACCUUGCGCCGUCCGCGGAGGCGCAGCUGGUGGCCGCGGCGGCAGAAAUGCUCCGAGGACUGGGCAGCGGGGCGCAGCAGUUCGGCGGAAGCGGAGGUGCUGGGAGCGAGAACCAGGCGCGCGGAAGCGGCGGGGGAAGGCCUGCGCAUCCGGGGAAGGGGCGGGGUCUGCGCAAUGCGCGACUGAGCUGGGACGGGAGCGGUCGGGAUGCCCCUUCCCCCACUGGUCGGGGUAUGGCUUCCCCUACUGGAAGGGCUAUAGGUGUUCAAGAGCUGAAAGGCGCAAGUACAUCAGGCAGCGCCAGCAUCAAUGGCAGCAGCGCUAGCAGCAGCUACAAUGAGCGAUCCGGAGGUAAAAGCGGUGAUGGUGGCUGGGGUGGCGGCGGCGGCGGCGGCGGUGGUGGCGGCGGCGGCGGCGGUGGUGGCGGCGGUGGCGGGGGUGCUUCAGCAGCUGGUGUUUCGAUUUGGGGAACGGAUGGUAAAGGCCCCCAGGGGCCAGCCCUGAUAAAGAGGCUCUCGUUAGAGGUACAAGAGCGGCUGAAGCACCUCCAGGUGUCGUUUGAUGACCCUGCUGCGCCUGACGCUGACUCCGAUCACGAGAGUGCUUAUGGCGAGAGUGCUUUUAGCGAGGAUGCCUAUGGCGAAGGGGAACCGCCUGUUUCUGCAGGUCAGGUUAAUCGUGUCGCUGCAAGAACAGCUUCGUUGGGGAACGACGAGACAGUGACCGCCCCACUACCCUCCUCUCGUACUCGUCAUUCCGACUCCCCACUCUCACCUCAUGCACCCCAGCCUUCCCCCUCCUCCUCCCCCUUCCGCGUGCCCGUUUCUUCCCCCUCCCGCCCUCGUCGCGCCCAGCUACCCUCCCCCUCCGCCUCCCCCCACGCCUGUAUGCCUUCCCCCUCCGCCUCCCCCCAUGCGCCAUCCGCUUCCCCACGCGCCUUUGCCCCGCCAUCCUCCCCCAGCGCCGUUCCCCCAUCACCCUCCCCCCGCGCCCCAGUCUCUUCCCCCUCCGCCUCCCCAUCCCAACAGCGCAAGCCCAUACCAGCCAUGUUCUCCCGCCCCCCUCCCCUCACCACCCCCCCAACCCUGCCCGAACCUAUCGUCUCCUUCCCCCUGUCCCCCACCUUCCCCUCCCCCUUCCCCUCCGCCCCCUCCCCCAAUCGCCCCCACUACUCCCCCUCCAAGCCUCCCCGUUCCCCCACUCGUUCCCCCGGGAUCUCCCCCUCCACGUCUCGCCUCUCCCCCCGCGCCUCCCCAGUGCGCCCUCCCGUCGCCCGCUCCACCUCCUCCUAUCAAAACCCCGUUCCCUCCCCCCGGCUUUCCCAUGCCCGCUCCCCGUCUCUUGACAUGAGCCAACUCUCCGCCUCUAAUCUUGUAACCUACGAACCGUCAACCUCUAACUUUCCACCCUCUACUGGCUUAACCUCUAAUGCCUCACCCUCUAACUUCAUGGCCCCUCGAACCUCCCCCUCACACUAUUCCAACCAGCAGCAGCCUCAGCAGCAGGUUCGGCAGCAGGAUCGGGUACGGGUUCUGGUGCGGCGCAGCAGUGCGAGCGAUAUCCCAGACGAUCCUGUCAGCACUCCAACCGACCUCUAUCCCCUCAUCCCACCCUUCCCGCUCGGAAACACCACUUCAAGCCACGGAAACGGUGAUCAGAGCACCGUCACUGCCCAAGGCCCAUACCUCCCUUUCGCGGGGGAUCAUCUCCCUCCAUCCCCUUCCCACCCUCUUGUGCCUCAAGGUGGUCGGGGCAUGGGCCAAACGGGUGCGGCCAAAACAGGCAUGGGCCAGGCCUCGGGGGGGUUUGCCCGGUCCCAGAGUGCAGACUGCAUUCAAGGGUCUGUGUUUUUGGGGGGAGCCAUGGGCAGCGCUGCCCAGAGCCAGGGAGGGUCCAGAGGAGGAGGGGGUGCAAGGCACACCCAGACCCUAGGUGCAAGUCCCUUUGAAGUUCAGUCAGCGGACCCUCGUGCUAGGAGCCCAAACACCCCGCAGGCGAGGAGCCCUAUCAAGUCGUGCUUGUCGCCGGCGAACGGGUCGGGAGGAACGAAGCUGAAGAAGCAGGUGUCGUUCAACCGGGUGGUGCGCGUGCGGCGCUUCCCCUCGUGCGAUGCGAGCAUCGGAGGGCAGGUUUGAUGUUGAGAGGGGCACUGCUGGCAUGGGAUGGACCGAAGCUGAAGAAGCAUGUGUCACUCAACCGGGUGGUGCGCGUGCGGCGCUUCCCCUCGUGGGAUGCGAGCAUCAGCCGGGGUGGGCAUGACAUGGCCACCUAGCACGAGAUGGGGUUGGAGCUGUAUGUUCCCCUCGUGUGAUGCGAGCAUAGGAAGGCAGGGGUGAUGAUGACAUAACAUGACAUGCCAUGCCAUGGUAUGGCCACCUAGCACGAGAUGAGAACGGAGCUGAAGAAGCAGGUGUCGUUAAAAGGGGCGUGCGACAAAGGAGGUUCCCCUGUGUGAUGCUAGCAUCAGAGGGCAGGGGUGACGUGGACAUGACAUGGCUGACUGGCUGUGGUGACGGGGACAUGACAUGGCUGACUGGCUGUGGUGACGGGGACAUGACAUGGCUGACUGGCUGUGGUGACGGGGACAUGACAUGGCUGACUGGCUGUGGUAGAUAUCAAAAGCAAGAAACUGACGUAGCAGGUGUCAUUCAACUGGGUGGUGCACGGGAGCGAAGGUUCCGCUCCUGUGGUGUGAGUAUUGGAGGCCACGGGUGAUUGAUGAGAGAGUUUAUCGGCAUAGGUAGAUGGCUAACCCCAAGAGGAGACGACAAUGAAGCUGAAGAGGCAGGUGGCAAUCGGCUGAGUGGUGCAUGUGAGGAGAUUCGCUUUCUGUGAUGCAAACAAUGGGACGAAAGUUGUGACGUGACAUGACAUGGCAUGACAGGACAUGGCAUGGCAUGGCAUGGCAUGGCAUGAGAGACAUGGCUGACGAUCGUAGCAUGAGAUGGGAGCCAAGCUGAAGAAGCAGGUGUUGUCUAACCGGGUGGUGCCUGUUCGGUGUUAUUCUUUGUGUGACACUCACUACCAUUGGGCAGAGGUUAUUAUAAUUGAGAGUUGAAUGUUAGAUAGAAAGAGAGUACACAAGGAUAUACCUCAGGGUUGUACCCUCU